UAGUCCAAUCACACUUAACCGCAAACCAUCGUGUGAAACAAGUUUUUCUUCUUCUCCCUUUAGCAAACUAAAACCACUCUCACUUUCACCAUAAACGACAACGUCAUCGAUUACCAAAAUCAAACCCAACUAUGGCAACUGAAAAGUCGGUGCUGGCGGUUAUCAGAGCCGCGAGACCAACCUUCCGCAACCAAAACGACAAAAUCGCCUUUGUUGUUCACUCCUCUUUCCUCGCUUCCGGUUACAUCCUCACCGCCACUGGUCCCUUAGCCCUCUCCGAUAAUGCUCUUUCAAAUCCCUCUAAUGAUGAGGUAUCUGUUGAUCAUUGGAAUGAGUUAAACGAUGAAUAUGCUUUUGUUUACUUGAAUUCGGAGAAGGGUGAGAAGAAAGUGCUUGUUAAGUGUCUUGUGAUGAACGAAAAAUUGCUUGUUCAUGCUUUAGCUGAUGGGUUUUUGGAGCCUCUACAUCUUGAGAUCAAUGUUGGAGACUAUUCUGGGGAGGAUGGAGGUAGCAAUUAUUCUCAGCAAUUCAAGAAUUUGGACAAGCUGGUGAAGAGAAUAGAUGAGGAUAUUUUGUCAAAACUAGAUCGUUCUUCUGCCAAUGCCAGCUCGUCAACUAAAAGCUCAGGAACCAGCAAUAAAACAGGACAAGAGACAUCUGAACCUGUUCCUGGAUUUGGUGAACCUGUUCCUGGAUUUGGUGAACCUGCUGGUCCUCUUGAUCCUCACCCUGGAUUCAUUAUCCCUCCAGUUUCUGUUGGUCCUGGUAGUGAUCUUUUUCCAGGGCCUGGUGCUGGUGUGUAUCCUUCGAGGGGUGACCAUGACUUUGGAGGCGGCAUGCUUGUAGGGCCAAAUGACCCCCGUUGGUUUGGUGGUGGUAUUGGUGGAGGUAUUGGUGGAGGACCUGCUUUUCCCGGAGGAUUGCCGGGUGUUCCUCCGGGUGCUCGAUUUGAUCCCUUUGGACCUCCUGGUGUCCCUGGUUUUGAACCCAACAGAUUUGCAAGGAAUCCUAGAAGGCCAGGAUAUGAUGCUCAUCCAGAUUUGCAACAUUUCAGAAGAGAUCCUGAUUCAGAUUACAUAUAGUUGUAGUGAUAUCAAACACCUCUCUUUACCUUCCAUUUCCCUAUGAGUAUGAUAAUAAUAGGAUGAAUGUAAAUUUGUGAUAAUUCAAGAAUUUAGCUAUAAUUUUAUUUUCAAUAUAAGAUUUGUAUAUCCUUAUGAUUUUGCUCGUUUUAUUAUAUCAAUAAUCAGGAUAUUAGACUUCA